AUGUUCAACGAGAACUUUUCCUUCGGAUCAUCCCCGCACCCAAGCUCGCUCACCUUCAACAUUGAAGAGUGUACGUCGGCAGAGAUCUCUCCUUUUACCUCGCGAUGUUCAUCACCGCAUUCCUCACAAGGGCCUGCCCCUCGCCGAGACUCUCGCUUUGACGCCUAUAGAUCAGCGCCUCGCCAUCCCUCUAUCACCUCGUUGACAGCCCAGCUGCAGUCCCACGCGCUGACCGACACCGAGAUGCAUUCCCCCUCACCACCCCCCAGUGACAUGGCUUCGCCCUCGGACUCUACGACGCUGGAUGAUGAAGGAUACUGUGAAGGACCAGAUACACCCGCUACGACGGUGUCGGAAUUGUCGUACGAAUCUACUGAAGUCGACCCGACACUGUGGGAUCUUUCAAUGUCAGACACGAUGGUGGCUACAUCCUCACCUCGGCCCUCGUUGUCUCUCGAAGCACAGGCAUUAUCAUCAUAUACGAUGCGUCGACGGCAGCGGCAGGCACUGGUGCGACUACAAUGCCUGGCGACCCGGGCACCGGACCUGGCCAUGCUCAUCGAAGAGUGCCACCCGUCUUCGUUGCCGCUGGAGACGGCGGUCCUCAAGGCGUACAGUUCCUCGAAAGGACGGAGUGAUUCGUUAUGCGGUGUUUCUGGACUGGGGUUGUGCGGAACGGGGACGAGCUCGGGACGGAUAGAGAAGGAAAGGAGUGGCUCUGUGGCUGCGGUGAGGAAGUCACCGAGGAUGAGGAAAAGGACCAGCUGA